AGCUGUCAGUAUUGUCAAGAUUUAGUUGGAAGAAGAAGAAGCUCGGGAAAAAAUAAAAAUAUAAUAUUUAAAAAAAAAAAAGAUUGUGCGCGCGAGAAUGAUGGAACAACCCAGAAGAGGCGGGAAAUGUUUAUAUGUACAGUACUAUCCCACAGAUAAAAAUUUGAUCUUUGACUCUUAUCUGUUCUUGUGGCCCCCCUAUUAAAAAUCUGAAACUGUGGAUCGAAGAGUGUGAGAAAAAAAGAAUGUUUGCGGCCGCACUUCCUCACUCGCGCCCUAAACUUUCCGGCGCUGUUGUCGCCACGAGAAGAACCACAAAUCCCCUGUUUCUUGCGUCACCAUCUUCUUUAAACUUGGUUUCUUUCUCCCGUGUUCUUCGUAAGAGUGAUGGCUUAGUUUCCUCUCGCUCUUGCUCCAGUAAGAGAGGCGCACAUGACCUGUUCGAGGAUUUUUCAGUAUUGUUGCCGGAUACACCAUGGGAUGCAAAGAACACAUGGACUACAUUUGCAGCGUAUUUCUUCAUCCUACAUAUUCCCUUGAGUUUUGGAGGACUCUCCAUCGUCGCUCAGGUGCUUCAUCAAUCAACUCUCGAUCCGCUGACGACGGUUGCAUCGACCGCUUUGCUUCAGACAACGGAGUUUUUGGGGGCUCUAGCAUUGUUGCAUUUCACCGUGAAGCCCCAGCAUGCGAUCUCAAGUUUCUUCGUUGAAAAGCUGUUUACAGAGCAGAGAAGUUUGGUAAAAGCAAGCAUAAUCGGUGCGGGACUUCUGAUUGCAUUGGUUUUGCUCACUUCUGCCCUCGCUGACGAGUUCAUAGUAUCUAGAGAUGUAACCAGUCCUGUUUUGAAGGAAAUACUAUCGGAUAGCUCGCAAUCUAAAGCAGUAUGCUUCGUUCUCUAUUGCUUCAUUGCUCCGGCACUUGAAGAGACCAUCUACCGCGGGUAUCUUUUAACUUCGCUUGCCUCGAAGAUGAAAUGGUGGAAUGCAGUAAUUAUUAGUUCUUGCGUCUUCAGUGCAGCUCACUUUUCUGUGGAGAAUUCUCUGCAGCUGUUCAUAAUUGGCUGCAUACUGGGAUCUGUAUAUUGUUGGACUGGAAACUUGGCUUCUUCGAUAGUUAUCCAUUCGGUGUAUAAUGCGAUAAUUUUACAAUCCACUAUUAUGUCUUGAUUAUUGGUUUACUAGUGGAAAAAUAAAGAGCUUUGAUGUAUUGCGACUUAUUGAUUUUUGUUCUAAUUUAUGUGUGUU